AGAAAUCAAGAACUUUUGUGACUAUCAGAAAAUGACCGCAACAAAUAAAGGUCUGUACCUCCAUAGGGAACGAUAUUUUAACAUUAAAAAUACUUGUGAGUGCAUGAUCAAAUCAUCAGAAAGAUCUACAAUCAACGUAUUUGCCGUUGACGUGAGAUUGCAGCCAAAUUACCCUGUUAAUGAAAACCUCACUGGGGACUGUACAAAUGCAACAAAUAUGCUGACAAUUAGUGAUAACAACAAUAUGACAAGCAUUGAGUGUGAAAAUGACACCAUUUAUGGAGAACUGGAAAAACUAUAUUCUUCAUCCGAAAACUCUAUUAAUAUAUCAUACUCAGAAGAAGGAAAAGAGCCACAAAAUGUUUGGAUAUUUGUUAAUGCCAGCAAAGGAGAUUUUGAAAUCGAAUGUAAUCCACGACUCUCCACUACAACUUCAACAACAACAUCAACAACAACAGGCACAACCAAAAAUUCAAAUCCACUCGUGACGUCACCUGGCAAUCAAGGAAAUAGUCACAAAAAUAAAACUACACAACCAUCGGGACGAAAGACAAAAUCUCCAGGGUCUAAAAAUUCAGACUCUAAUGUCAUCGAAACUGGACCCUCGGCCAGAGUAAGAGAGAGAGCCAUACAAAAUACGGCAAUAUACUGCGUCAUAGGGGCGGCUGCUAUAGCGACCAUAUUGAUAAUCACGGCCGGGUUUUUCAUUCGUAGGAACAGAAAGUCAGCAGAGCAACAAAGAAAAUAUAAAAAGGUGCACGAAGCAAGACUCAGCCAAUCCGACUCCUCCAUUUUCACACUGGAAAAAUUACCAAGGGAAACCCCAACAAACUUUUCUGAAAGUUCAGAGGACCAUUUGUAUUGACAAAUCCCUUGAUGGGAAGCCAUUUGUAACAUUUUAUGACAAUGUUCAUUGAAAUAUUUAUUAUAUUUAAAAUAUUAAUAUUUUAAAUAUUAUAGAAAGGCUCUUUGUAAUUAUCAAUUUUUACAUUACAUACAUUAAUAUUAGAAGACAAGCCUCUUUCAACAUAGUAUAAUUUUUUUCAGACAGUGUAAGUAAGAGCAUGAAAUGAUUAUGUAUUUGAACAAAUUUUUGUGAUCUAUAAGUUUUUGAAGAUUUUGUUACAUGCAUUUAGAUUUACAAUUCUAUUAAUAAUGUGCGUGUUAUUAGAGUGUCAUAAAACUCAUAAUUAUUGUGUGUUCUGUCAAUCACUUAUUUUAUUACCAAUCUUUACUACAAGUACUGCAUUUGAAGGAAAGCAAUGCGUACAUGUGUCUUUAAAUGUAUCAUCACAUUCUACGAGUCAAUGGCAUGAAAAGUUAAAUUGAUGCUUCUUUUUUGCAUUUCUUUAUUUGUUUUUAAAAAACUUCACAUCUUGUUGUUUUUUUUUUUGGUUUUUUUUUUUUUUAUUUCAACAAAUUUCUUUGUUUGUCUACAUAAUUUCAUUACAUAUUAAUUACAUAAAUUAUUCUGUAGGGUAUUCUAUUUGUGUACAAAGAUUUGUUGAAAUCAAAGCUAAACUGAAGGAAGAGUGUCAUUAAAAAAUUGCAUGUAAUUCUAUAUUUUGUGAAUAUUCAAGUUUACGUAUAUGAAAAUUUCUUGUAGGAUUUUUUAAAGGUAAAAUAAUGUGAAAGUCAUAGUAAAAAUAUUUUGUGAUAAACUAUAGUUCAAACUUGAUUUACUCUAGUUUAACUUAAGUGCUACUGUUUGCAACAGUAAUUUUUAGUUAGGGAGAAGACCUAUGAAGAAUCCGGUAUUAUUGUCAAUAUCAUACAAUGUAUUUGAGACACUAUAAAUGCAUGUAUCAAAUGAUUCUCAUAUUUCGUACAUACAAAACAAUUGCUCGUCUAUUAAUGAUGAAAAAUCCUGCAAUGAAAUUAAAGCAUUUAUGAUGCCUUAUCAUAACCACUUGUGAAAAACCUUUA